AGACUGUCGAGCUACACUUUGCGUCUUGCCUGUUGCCCUUUGGAGGCUUUUGUACCCUUUUUCUGUACACUUCUCCCAAGCCAACAGAGACAAGAUGUCUUCCUCUCCAGAGAAUGAGAAAGUAGCCUCCGAGGUUCAAGACAACGGAAGCAGUCAUUCGCCGUCUCUCGUUGCCGACGAUUCCCUCGCACAUACUAGCGGAAUCAACGAGAAAGCUUUGCUUCGACGGUUAGAUUUGAAGCUCCUUCCUCCGUUGACACUUCUAUACCUUCUGUCGUUCCUGGACCGAAGCAAUAUUGGCAAUGCGAAGCUGGAAGGCUUGACAAAGGAUCUGCAUAUCACAGGCAACCAGUACUUGCUUACCCUGACUCUUUACUUUCUUGGCUAUGUCCUCUUUGAAGUCCCGUGCAAUGUAGUCCUCAAGCGCACCACUCCAAAGAUAUGGCUCCCAACUCUCAUGCUGGUGUGGGGCAUCGUCGCCACACUUAUGGGAGUGUCGCAGAACUAUGCGGGAUUCUUGGCUGCGCGGUUCUUCCUCGGUGUCACAGAGAGUGGGUUGUUCCCAGGUGUGGUGUUCUACUUGUCGAUGUGGUAUAAGAGGGCGGAGACGCAUUACCGUGUUGCACUGUUCUUCUCAGCGGCAAGUCUGGCUGGCGCAUUUGGUGGAAUUCUGGCAUAUGGAAUUGCCUUUAUGAGAGGCGUGGGUGGGCAGGCUGGUUGGAGGUGGAUUUUUAUCAUCGAAGGACUUCUCACCGUGGUCGUAUCGCUAAUAUCCUACCUCUUCAUCCACAACUACCCGGCUACCGCUCCCUUUUUGACGGAGGGUGAGCGCUCCUUCAUCACCGACCGCCUCAAGAACGACUCCGACGCAACCAACAUCGAGAAGUUCGCUUGGUCCAACGUGAUCUCUGCUUUCGCAGACUAUAAAUGCUGGCUCUACGGUCUCGCAUACCACACUAUGUCCCUGCCACUCUACACAUUCUCCCUCUUCCUGCCCACUAUCAUCUCCGAGCUUGGUUACACCGCGGCUCAAGCACAGCUCUUGACUGUGCCUCCAUAUGCCGUUGCUACCAUUCUUACCAUUAUAGUAGCAAUCCUGGCGGAGAAGACCCGCCGAAGAGCCCCGUUCCUGAUGGCUUCAACUACUCUUGCUAUAAUCGGGUACAUCAUCCUGCUCACUGCUCCCUUGAGGAGACCCGGCGUCUCAUAUCUCGGCACCAUGUUCGCAGCCGCAGGAAUCUACCCCAGCUGUGCAAUCGUAUUGAGUUGGCCAGCAGCGAACGUGUCAGGCCAAUCGAAACGCGCAACAGCCACAGCGAUGACGAUCACGAUUGGAAACCUUGGAGCCGUGAUAGGGACCCAGCUGUAUCGGCCUAACACCAGCCCGAGGUGGUAUCUGGGACAUGGCUUUUCCUUGGGGUAUCUGGUUGCUAACCUCUUUGUCGCGCUGGCGCUAUGGGUUUCCCUUGGCAAGGAGAAUGAGAGGAAGAAAGCGCGAGUUGCUCAGGGAGAGGUCGCGGAUGAGGGACCCAUCAAGAGCGACACAGAUAUCAGAUGGUUAUUCCAGGUAUAAGGAACUCAAGAGGAGGAAAACUAAUGUUAUUGAAUUCGCGGAUGUUCGAAACCUGUCUCAUACCCUCUCUAGUACUCUACAUAAUUUCUAAAAUCCACAGAU